AUGUCCUCAAUUGACUAUGUAUUUUAUACGUUGUUUUAUAAUAUGAUCGAUUCUUAUGAUUAUUAUGUGGUGUUAGGGUGCGGAUAUCAAUACUUUUUCUUAAGCAUGGCGCUUAAAGCUAGGACAGUUAGAACUUCGAUGCAUGAACUCCGAUCAGUGUUAGAUAAAGAGAACAUUAAAAUGACAAUGAAUUCGGUGGAGAGAGUCAGAGCAUUUAGUGCGCCUGGUAAGGCACUUUUAGCGGGAGGAUAUCUGGUUCUUGAUCCUAGUUACAGAUCCUAUGUCGUGGCAUUAUCAGCUAGAAUGCACGCUGUGGUCAAAACAUCGGAUCUAGAACAGAAUGCUCAUUUCGAAUUGAAGAUUUCGAGCUCUCAGUUUAACAAUGAUUAUUGGACCUAUACAUUAGGUGCCAAAGAUGGGUAUAACAUCCUUGAAACUGAUGGGAAAAAGAAUCCUUUCAUUGAAAUGGUUCUUUUCAACUUGUUUAACUACUUCAAGCCUCAACAAGGUAAGAAGAUUUUAAUCGAGAUUUUUUCUGAUGAUGGUUAUCACUCUCAAUCGAAUAGUGUUCGUAAGGGAAAUGCUUACAAGGAAUUUUCUUACCAUGCGAAUAGUAUUACAAAGGUCCCAAAAACAGGACUUGGAUCUUCUGCAGGAUUGGUAACUGUACUUACCACAGUAUUGGUCUCCGUAUUUAAAUCAGAACUAGAUGUACAAAACAACAAAGAUCUGCAAUUAAUCCAUGGUUUAGCUCAAGUGGCACAUUGUCAGGCUCAAGGGAAAAUUGGUAGUGGAUUCGAUGUCGCAGCAGCCACUUUUGGAUCCAUCGUUUACCGUAGAUUUGCACCUGAAUUGAUUUCUGGAUUACCUGAACAUUCAGAUGUGAAUUAUUCUAUCAAAUUACGGUCUUUAAUAGAUGAUACAGAUUGGAAAAUCUCUAACACUAGAGUUCGUUUACCUGAUGGUUUGAGACUUGUCAUGGGAGAUGUAAACAAUGGAUCCGAAACAACUAAAUUAGUUUCGAAAGUCAAGGCAUGGUAUACUUCAAACCCUUCAAAGGGACUUGAAGUUUACCAAAAUAUCAAUAGUAACAACGAGAAAGUGAUGGCGGCAUUGACAGAAAUGGAUGCGUUGAAUCAGAAAACCCCUACGGCUUACUCCAAAUUGAUCGAAGCACUGGAUGCACAAGAUGAAGCUUUGAUUAAUCAAUCGCCUGAGCUUGUAAAGAUAAGAAAUGCUGUUAACGAAAUUAGGAACAAUUUUAGACAAGUCACUAAGGAAUCGGGAGCCGAUAUUGAGCCACCAGUACAAACUGCUCUUUUAGAUAAUUGCUCAAAAUUGAAAGGAGUUCUUACUGGUGUUGUCCCAGGAGCUGGUGGUUACGAUGCCAUUGCUCUCAUUGCUACUGAACAGUCAAAUCUACAGCUGCAAACGCAAGGGAAAAAGGAAUUUGCAGCUGUAACUUGGUUGGAUUUACACCAAGAAGACGUGGGGGUCAAACAGGAAAAUCCUGUACAUUACCAAAACCUAGUAAAAUUAUAA